CCUUACUCACUCUUCUCGACUUUCCCAAUCCGAUCCAUCUUUCUCUACAUUUCAAUCUUGCAUAUCUCUUAUCUCCCCAUUUUUCAUAAUGUCUCUUCCUCAGGUUCACCCCGAAGUUACAUGGGCUCAGCGCUCCUCGACCACUGAGGCCGAGCGCAACUACCUUUACGUGAGCAUCAAGGCUUCGGAUGUCGCUCGCGACGCCGCUAGCCUUAGCAUCACCCCCACCAAUGUCACUUUCUCCGGAGAGUCUAAGAAGGGCGUAAAAUACCAAGUCUCUCUCGACCUUUACGCCGAGAUCGACCCUGAUAACUCGAAGGUGAACCACAGUGACCGUGAGGUCGAGUUGGUGUUGCGCAAGAAGGAGCUCAAGGAGGAAUACUGGCCCCGUCUGCUGAAGACGACCCAGAAGGUUCACUUUCUCAAGACUGACUUUGAUAAGUGGGUCGACGAGGACGAGCAGGAUGAGGCCCCCGAAGACGACUAUGCUAGCGGCUUCAAUGGUAUGGAUGGAGGCAUGGACGGUGGCCUUGGCAACAUUGAUUUCUCCAAGCUUGGUGGCCUUUCCGGUCUCGGCGGCGCUGAGGCUGAUGCAGGCGAGGGCGAAGAUGAGGAUGAGGAGAUGCCCGAACUCGAGGAGGCCGGCGAUAACAAGGAUGCCAAGAUCCAGGAGGUUGCUUAAAUGCGAGAAGUACUCGCGGGACGCGCAUUGCGACUUACGGAUGUGGAGAACGGAGGCAUAAACGAGAGCACUUAUCACAAUCAGCAUCAUUGAGCCCAUCACGCUCGGUUUAUCGUAUAAUGUUUUGAUCGACUCAUAGUGUGACUAAUUGGCACAAAGUCGAACGACAGGUUUAGCUAGCUUUAUCGGCCUGCCAGAGAGGCAAAGACGAGAAGGACAAGUUGGAAAGGAAGCGAAUAGUUCAUUAUUUUUCCUUCAGUGGUAUGAGAUGACGAAAUAGCCAACGACGCUUUUUCUAAUAGGAAAACCUUCCCCUCCGU